AUGCCGAGCAUGCACCACUACGUGCUCGGCUGGAGCUUCGACGUUGGUGGUCCGACUCCGGACAUUGAUAUGGCCAAACAGCUCAAGUUAGCUUCCAAAAGCUCCAAGUCCUGGUUCAAGACCUUGGUGAUAGCUCUACCAGUUGUCUUUGGCGUGCUCACGCUCACCAUGGUUGCAUGUGUUAUUCUGCUCAUGAGGCGUAGAUUCAUGAAUAGGAGCUCGCUUGGCACUGGAGGAUUUGGGAGGGUGUACAAGGGAGUGCUCCCGACCUCCAGCAUGGAGGUAGCAGUGAAGAUGGUGUCGCAUGAAUCGAGGCAGGGGAUGAAGGAGUUUGUUGCUGAGGUAGCUAGUAUUGGUCGUCUCUCGCACUGCAACCUUGUACAAUUGCUUGGAUGUUGCCGGCUCAAAGAUGAACUUCUUUUGGUCUAUGAUUAUAUGCCGAAUGAUAGUCUUGAGAAGUAUUUGUACGGCCAUGAUGACAAGCCUGCACUUAAUUGGGCUCAGAGGUUUCAUAUUAUCAAGGGCGUUGCAUCUUGCUUGCCUUCACGAGGAAUGGGAGAAAGUUGUGGUACAUCAAGAUGUCAAAGCAAGAAACGUGUCCUCCUCGACGGUGAGAUGAAUGGGCACCUAGGUGACUUUGGGCUUGCAAGUACUACAACAGAAAUAGUCAUCUGUACCGUCUCAUCAGUACCAAUUAUGAUAAAACCGAUAUUGAUGAAGUAUCAGUACCGGUUCAUAACUUUCCACACUCAAUUAACAAUCGAGCCGAGUUGA